AUGCUUCACGAAGUGGUGUCUGUACGAGUACCACCGAAGGGCCACACGCGACGAGCGGCGGCCACCGCACGGCCCUCUUCGUCCCAGGACAUCGCCUACUACCUGCGGGUCUUCCGCGACGAGCUGAAGCGCGACCCCACCACGGUGGAGUGUUUUGACCUCGCACAGGGGAAUUCGGAGCAUUCCCGGCAUUGGUUCUUCGGCGGCAAGGUGGUCAUCGACGAGGAGGAGAUGCCCUUGACCUUGUUCCAGUGGGUGAAACGGCCAUUGAAGGAACGAAUCAGUAACAGCGUCAUCGGCUUCCACGACAACAGCAGCGCCCUGCGAGGCUAUUCCCACACGAACUUCAUGCCCAGUGGCUCCGUUGCUCAGCCGGGAGCCUUCCAGGAGGUGGCCAGGGACUAUGACAUCACCUUAACGGUGGAGACCCACAACUUCCCCUGCGGCAUCGCGCCCUUUCCAGGCGCUGAGACCGGUGCCGGCGGCCGCAUUCGCGACGGCGAGAGCACCGGCAAGGGCUCCUUGGUGGUUGCAGCGGUGGCGGGCUAUGCCACUGGGAAUUUGCACAUCCCAGGCUACAAGAUGCCAUGGGAGUUCGAAGACUUCAAGUAUCCCUCCAACAUGGCGUCUGGCGCGCUGGUGUGCAGCUACGACGAGGGUGGCGCCAUACAACCGCAGGCCUUCGGCGCGGUGGAUGCCGGUGGGGAGCACCUCUAUGCUGUGCAGGCCACCAAGGCGCUUUGGCAAGUCUGGGACUGGAACUCCAAGCGCAGCAGCUACCGCGCCUCCCUCCCGGAGAAGAUCACGGCCAUGGUCUUCAGCCCGGAUUCGUCCCUGUGCUUCGCGGGCGCUCAGACGGGCAGCAUCUAUUGUUGGCUGAGCAGCACAGGUGCAUUGCUGCGUUACUGGCCUGCACAUUUCCGGGAGGUGACGCAGCUCUUGGUCUCUCCGGAUGGCGGCUAUCUGGUCUCUGCAUCGAAAGACUCGGCGGUGCACGUCUAUAACUUGGCGGAUGUCUUUGAGGACACAUCGGGUGCGCCGAAGCCUUUUCAUAGCUGGUCAGGUCAUUCGCUGGCGGUGACCGCGCUGGCGUUGUUGGGCGGCAGCAGUGCUUUGCACCAGGUCGUGGCCUCUGGGAGCCUGGAUCGGACUGUGCGUUUGUGGGACGUGGGCAGCGGCCGGCCGUUGCAGUCGCGGAGCCUGAGCGCUCAGGUGAACGCGCUGUGUGCGGGCGCAGCGGCCAGUGAGUUGGUGGUGGCCGGGCAUCAUGGCGAGUUAAGGAGCCUCGAGACCAAGGACUUUGGACGGGAAGGGGGUGUCUACCUGGGCCACAGCUGCAACGUCCUGAGCUGUGCCAUGUCCAGCGACGGCGCGUCCCUGGCCUCCUGCAGCGAGGUCGAACGCGUCCGAGUGUGGGAGACCCGAACGCGGCAGUGCGUGGCGCAGCUCCACGGCCAGCGCGACGUGAAGAUCUCAGCAGUGAAAAUCUUGCGACGCAUGCCACACCUGCCCUCCCUGCCGCCUUUCCAGCCGUUCCAGCGGCUGCUCUGCGAGGAGCUGCCGGAGCGAGUGCUGCGCGGCGUCAGUGGGCGGGAAGCGCAGCUGAAGGAGCGGAUGGCACCCUAUGCAAGGGCAGAGGGCAUGCUUGAGCACGUGCAUUGGGCCUCGGGGGUCUUGGCCUCCAAGGCGAGCGAGGGCACCGACCUGGGGGACGAGCUCCUGCGGGCCAAAGAGAACGAGACGCGCUGGGCCAAGGUGGCCAACCAGCUCUAUCGCAUCGUGACGGAGCAUGGUUUUACCUGGUUGGAGACGCAGGAACAGCAGGUUCUCAUCGACUGCUCCAAUGGCGCCAGCGACUAUGGCAACAAGUUUGGCGAGCCGUUGAUCUGUGGCUGGACCAGGUCCUGUGGGAUGCGCAUGCCCAGCGGCGAGCGCUUCGAGUGGGUCAAGCCCAUCAUGCUGAGCGGAGGACUGGGUCAAAUGGACCAUGGUCACUUGGUGAAGGAAGAGCCUCAGGCUGGCCAGCUGGUGGUCAAGAUUGGCGGCCCGGCCUAUCGCAUCGGCGUGGGCGGUGGUGCUGCUUCCUCCAUGGUGGCCGGUGACAACCAGGAGGAGUUGGAUUUCAACGCGGUACAACGAGGAGAUGCAGAGAUGCAGCAGAAGGUGAACCGUGUGGUGAGGGCCUGUGUCGAGCUCGGGCCUAAGAAUCCGAUCCUCUCCAUCCACGACCAGGGAGCUGGAGGCUCUGGGAACGUGCUGAAGGAGAUCUCGGAGCCGGCAGGUGCCGUGAUUGACCUGCGAAAGAUGCACGUGGGCGACCCCUCCAUGUCCUUCCUGGAGAUUGCGCGAAUGCGGGGAAUGUGCGCGGAAGAGCGUGGGGCGAAUGCUGAAGAGCUUUGGACUGCGGAGUUUCAGGAGAACAAUGCCCUUCUCCUGGGCAAGGAGAGCGAGGCCCUCUUCGAUCAAAUCUGCAAGCGCGAGAAGGUCCCCUAUGCCGUGGUGGGCACCAUCACUGGUGAUGGCAAGGUGGUGGUGAAAGACUCCCGCGACAACAGCUGUCCGGUGGAUCUGCCCCUGGACAAGGUCUUGGGGAAGAUGCCGCAGAAGGUCUUCAAGAUGCAGCGCAUCUACAAACAGCUGCCCAAAGCACUGGAUCUUCCAGCUUCGUUGACGGUGCAGGUGGCACUGGAAACAGGCGUCCUGAGAUUGCUUUCGGUGUGCUCCAAACGCUUCCUGACGAACAAGGUGGACCGAUCUGUGACGGGGCAGAUUGCACAGCAGCAAUGCGUCGGGCCCCUGCAGACGCCCCUGGCGGACUUCGCCUGCAUUGCGCAGAGCCCGCUGAGCACCUCCGGAGGCGCUACGGCGAUUGGUGAGCAGCCUCUCAAGGGCCUGGCAGGAGAUCCCGAGAGCUGCGUCUCCAUGGCGCGUUUGGCUGUGGCCGAGGCACUCACCAACCUCGCGUGGAUCCGCAUUCCCACGUUGGAUUCGAUCAAGGCUUCAGGGAACUGGAUGUGGGCCGCGAAGCUGCCGGGCGAGGGGCCUAAGAUGUACGACAUUGCCGAGGCAGGUGGCGCCCUCAUCGGGUGA